AUGGCUGAACAUCGCCCCGCCACCGCCAUGGACCCUCCUCACAUCACCGAGUUCGCUUCGGAGCGGUACUUCGAAAAGCUCAGCCAGCUCAAUGCGAGCCAGCAGCAGCAACAUCAUCACCACCAUGAGCCGACAGAAGGCUCCGCCGCCUCCGUUUCGUCCUCGACCUUCAUUCUGCCGUUGCGUGAAUCGAAGCACGCCGAAGCCGACGUUUCCAGACUGGUCGAGUCGAAACGGGACAAGAGCCGUUUCUUUAGCAUAAGGCGCAGAGUCACCAACCUGCACACGAAAGCGCACAGCCUCGAGUCUGAGCCCGUCGCUCUCCCACAGACCAGGGCAUCGACUGAGUCGACGCGAAAAAGUGCCCCCCUCGAUCAACUUUUCCUUGCGUUGCCGAAUGAACUCCAGGUUCAGAUAAUAUCAACCCUACCCUUGACUGACGUUCUCAACCUCCGACUCGCCUCGAAAUCAUGGCACGCCUUAAUCACACUGAACGAAGCCCCGAUUGUACGGCACCACCUCGACAAUCACAUCCCUGCGUACGCUCUCCGCCUCUAUCCUAUAUCCGACAACAGCGAAAUCACCUUCCACUAUCUUUGCAGCCUUUGGCAUCGACUGCACGUUGCUGCCAAAUUAGCGUACCUCAUGUGCGAAUGGAUCACCAAGGACAUUUUCCUUCGCCAAACAGAAUCACAGCGAGCGGCCUUCGCUCCACAACACGAACGAAUGCGCCGACGCCUCAUACCUCUGCUUUUCACCGUCUUCCAUUUUUUCGAGACGUACCGAAAGCUCCACCUGAAGCACCUCGCCGAACAUGGCGGGCAGGGCUUACAGCGGGAGCCAUACACCAUCAACCCGAUCGAGAAAGAGAUCAUGGGCAUGUACGACGACCGAACUCUGUUGAGAGUUCACGAAGUUUUCCCCUUGGUCAUUUCUUCCUUUUGCCGCCGACUGCGUCCGCCGACGUAUGUCGGUAGGGUCGAGCGGUCCAUCCGAGGUUACCUACGAGAACGCCCUUCCGACGAUGUCCAUGUGGCUAUCCUGUGCAUCGGCGGUCUGCGGCAGGUGGAAAGACUGUGGGAGAUCAAGGGCUACAACAGCCGCCGAGCCGCCGUUGAUACAUGGUAUCACGGGCUCACCAAGGAUCACGGUGCCGACGCGCCUUCCAAGUCACGUCUCGGCCUGAAAGGCUUCGGACGGAAAAAGUCGACGAGCGGCGACCGACCCGGCGGCCGUUUCUCCUUCAGUGAAGGGUCCAGCAAGGUUCGGAGUCCGACAGGCUCAAUCGACGCUACCAACGCCGGCGGCUAUUUCGAUCCAAACUGGGUAUUCAACACAAGCCUGUCAGCUGACGUGCCCAUGGCACAGCUUGGCAAGGACAAGGCCCAGGGCCUCCUCAACGAUUUGCCGGUCCUCCAGCAGAUCUGGCUGACCACUGCCGAGGCCACCAUUCUCGAUCGUGGCAUCGUCUCGAGGACGCAGGACAUUAAGCGCAACCAGCAGGUCAUGCUCGACCUUAUCCGCGAGGACGGCAUCGACGAGGAAGAUGAGUGGUGGUACGGGCGAAGCAUACCGGAAUCUGUCCGGCCACCUGCAUCAGCCACGGACGAAGAUGCCGACUAA